AGGACUGACCACACAAUUCGUUCAUAAGCAGAGGUUACAGAAACAGGUGAACUCUUCUUCAUCAGCUCUAUUGACAGCCAGACCAGUAAGGAUUGGAGUUUUUGUGAAAAUCUUGACAGCUAUUGGUAAAAACCAUGUCCAAUAGCACAGACUCUAGUUUAAAGGGUAAGCGCAAGAAAAAACUUCCUUCAAAUGCCAAUCCAUUAUUCACUCAGUGGCUUACAGAGUGGAAAAAUGAAGCAGUAGAGAAAGGAUGGAAGAGUGCACACACUUAUUCAAAGGCAUUGCAAACACUGAAAAAAUUCCCGCUUCCUUUGGAAUCUGGCAAAGACUGCAGGUUAUUACAGAAUUUUGGUGAAAAAAUUUGCAAAAUGUUAGAUGAGAAAUUGAUUGAAUACAAACGACAAGGCAUUUCGGGCACGGUUCCCAAUUCUUCAGCUGCAGUAACACAUUUUACUGAUGUAGAUGAAGAGAUACAACCACAAAAUAAUCUAGUAACAAGAAAAAAGAUUAUAUUGCCCUCAAGUAAAGAAGGCAGGCUUUCGGUAGUUAAUAAACCACAAGAAGUCAUCAGCACCAAGUUUCAAGGUCCAAACAUUAUAUCAAAAGUCUAUGCACAUAGUCUUCAUCAAAUUAGUGACAAUUCUGACAGUGAAGCUGAAAUUUCCCCUCCACCCAAAAAGAAACCUGCAAGAUCUAAAGGAAAAGAUUAUGUACCAGCUUUUAGGUCUGGGGCGUAUGCCUUAAUUCUAACACUUUACAAGUAUAUGCAGGAUCCUGAGUUCAAAGGUUAUCUAACAAAGUCUGAGCUGUCACAUGCAGCCCAACCACUGGCAGACAAGUCGUUUACAAAACCAGAUCCUGACAAUAGAUAUACAGCUUGGUCAUCUAUGGGUACAUUAAUAAAGAAGGGAUACAUCAUCAAAUCUAACAGUCCUGCUAGAUAUUCCCUCACGGAUGCUGGACAUGCUCUUGGAGAAAAGCUAGACAGGGCAGAGAAUGGAGAGAUAGCAGAGACAAAUGGUUCUAAAAAUGUAUCUGGUGACCAGAGGUUCUGCUCAGAGAUUAUUCAAGUUUCAAGAUCUUCAGAAAUUUUAAAUUCAGGACCUGAGAACUCAGAACCAAUACACAAUACAGAAGCAUUCAGUGUAAACAACGGGUAUGGUAGUGAAGACGAUGAAGAAUUUAAAAGAGCAAUAUCUGAAAGCUUAUUAUCAUAUUCUCUUGAACUCUCACUAAAUUCUGGCACCAGUACAUCAGUUAUGAGAAAAAACGGCAGUGAUCUUGAUCACCCAUUUGCAUCAAAUAAAGUAGAAGGUGUUGUGGGUGGCCAGAUAAAUCACGAUGACGUUUUUAUAAUAAGUGAUGAUGAAAAUGAUUUAGUUCCCAAUGAUGUUCCCAUUACCAGUGUAGGCUGUGUAACGCCAGUCAAAGCUCAUCAGAGAGUGCAUGCCUUGUCUCCUUCACCUCCGGUCUACAGGACUUCGGCAUUACAACCAUCAAUAGACACAAAGCUGACCAUUACAGCAAACCAGCAGCAACAUACAAAUGGCAAGCUUCUUCUAAAUGGCAAUCACAUAGAUGAGAUAGAAGUGUUCAGUGAUUCUGAUGAUGUCAUACCCAAACAAAGGGAGUGCAUCAGUACUGACUUUGAUGAUGAGCUACCUGAUCUAGAUUUGCCACUCUUUAAAAGACUUUUGCAAAAAGGCACCAUACAGUCAAAUUUACUGCGAGUUCAUGAAAUAGAUGAUAAUGACAAGCAGUCUUCUAAUAAACUAGCUAGCAGUUUAAAUACUAUAAAAUCAACAGAAAACCAAAUAAAUAAUAGUGAAUUAAAAGUAAAGACUUCUAAUCUUAAGGAACAUUCAAAAUGUGUUGAAUCCAGUUACUCAUGUUCUGUUACAAACAAACACUUGACCAGUAAAGAAACAUCCAUCAACUUGCUAUGUGAGGCACAUGUGAAUCCUGUUUGUUCCAAAAAGGCAAUCAGCAGUAACACUGUUCAGUUCAAAUCUGAACCACAACCAAAGGAUAUCAGCAAUAACAUCGCCCAGUUGAAGUUUACCAGCGUUUCACAACACGCCAAACAGCCAGUAGUGGUGCAGACACAUGUUUCAUCAGAUAAAUGUUUCACUGAACUAAGGCCGCAGUUAACUCCAGAAUUUUCUUUGUACCCUGGUACAUUUGAUAUCAUUUUGUGCUUGGAUAAUAGAGAAUUUUAUGGGAGUAAAAGCAGCAGCAAAACACUUCUCCCUGACCUGAUGAAAAGUGGUGUUCAGUGUGACUUGAGGCUACUUCAUGUGGGAGAUCUCCUGUGGAUAGCUCGUGAGAGAGUUGGACCACAGAUCAAUGGGACUCAAGGUAGAGAGUUGGUGUUAAACUACAUCAUAGAGAGAAAACGUUUGGAUGAUCUAGUGAGCAGCAUAACUGAUGGCCGCUUGAAGGAGCAAAAGUUUCGGUUAAAACAUUGCGGACUUCAAGAAAAAAUUAUUCUUAUAGAAGAAUAUGGAUCAAUUAAAAACUUUAGCAUUUCAGAAGAAAGAAUCAAACAAUCAAUAUUUAAUUCACAAGUGAUAGAUGGAUUUAAAGUCAAGAACUGUGCUGGUUCACAAGAAGCUGUAACCUAUUUAACCAUCAUGACACAAUUUCUGAAGUUACACUUUAGUAACAAAACACUUCAUGCUGUAUCAUUAGAUGCACUCAAAACAAUUGAUGGGAAACAACUCAUUAAGAACAAAGAGCAUUAUUUAAUUCCCUUUAGUGUCUUCAAUGAAGCAUCAGUAAAGCAUAAGGAUUUAACAGUGAAAGAAAUGUUUGCAAAACAGCUUAUACAAAUUCCAGGCGUAUCUGCUGAUAGGGCUAGAUCAAUAACAAAUAUAUACCCCACAUUGUCUCUUUUGCUUGAGGCCUAUGAGAAGUGUGCGAGUGACAAGGAUAAAGAAAAACUUCUCUCAUGCAUUAAGUGUGGAAAAACUCAAAGGAAUCUAGGAACAUGUAUCAGUCGAGUUUUAUAUUUACUUUAUACAGAAAAAAACUCUUUGUCUUAAUGAAGAAACAACUUAUGUUGGUAAUUAACUUAUUUACAAUCAUUAUUUUCACUUUUUGCAUAAUGUUAUGUUUGAACUGUUA